AUGAACGGAAACGGCGGUUUUAGAUCGUUCUCCACCAUUAUGUCGCCACCGUCCAAGGCCAUAGUGUAUGAACGGCAUGGCUCUCCCGACUCAGUCACCAGGGUAGUGGACCUACCGCCAGUGGAAAUAAGAGAAAAUGAUGUAUGUGUUAAAAUGAUUGCCGCGCCGAUAAACCCAUCUGAUAUCAAUCAAAUUGAAGGUGUUUACCCUGUGAGGCCACCAGUACCAGCAGUUGGUGGUCUAGAAGGUGUUGGGCAAGUGUAUGCAGUUGGAUCGAGGGUCAAGUCUCUUUCUCCUGGUGAUUGGGUUAUUCCAUCUCCACUCUUUUCGGGUACAUGGCAGACGUAUGUAGUGAAGGAGGAAGGUGUGUGGCACAAAAUUGACAAAAGGUGUCCAAUAGAGUAUGCAGCUACCAUCACUGUUAACCCAUUGACGGCUUUAAUGAUGCUCCAAGACUUUGUCGUCCUAAACUCUGGAGAUUAUGUGGUACAGAAUGGCGCAACUAGUAUGGUGGGUCAAUGUAUCAUCCAGUUAGCACGACUCCGUGGCAUAAGUACCAUCAACAUAAUUCGUGACAGGGUUGGGUCAGAUGAAGCAAAAGAGAAGCUGAAAGCUUUAGGUGCGGAUAAAGUGUUUUCAGAGAGUCAGCUAAAUGUAAAGAACUUCAAAAGUCUUUUGGGAAAUUUGCCUGAACCUGCUCUGGGAUUCAACUGCAUCGGUGGCAAUGUUGCCUCUCUCGUGCUAAAAAGUAUAAGGGAAGGAGGAACCAUGGUAACAUAUGGUGCGAUGUCUAAAAAGCCAAUCACUGUGUCAACCACAUCUUUCAUCUUUAAGGAUAUUUCAUUGAGAGGAUUCUGGCUGCAGAGGUGGAUGAAUUUGGAUAAAGUAAAAGAAUGCAGAAAGAUGAUAGACUAUCUCAUUGGGCUUGCCCGGGACGGGAACCUAAAAUACGAGACGGAAUUGGUUCCUUUUGAAGACUUUGCUGAUGCUCUCGAUAAAGCUCUCGGGAAGCGGGGAAGCCAUCCUAAACAAGUCCUCAGAUUUUGA